CUGUAGUACCCAGACACUGGACCACUGGGGUACCCAGACACUGGACCACUGGAGUACCCAGACACUGGACCACUGGAGUACCCAGACACUGGACCACUGGAGUACUCAGACACUGGACCACUGUAGUACCCAGACACUGGACCACUGGAGUACUCAGACACUGGACCACUGUAGUACUCAGACACUGGACCACUGGAGUACUCAGACACUGGACCACUGGAGUACCCAGACACUGGAACACUGGAGUACCCAGACACUGGACCUACUGCAGGGUAAGAGCAUGCGUCCAUGAUGAGUGUUCCUCAGCCUGACCCGGAUGAGAUGCCCCCCUCCACCAUCACCCCUGUCACCACCCCCACCCUGAGCCCGACCCCACCAAUCACAGACGAGCUGGAGUGUAAGAUCUGUUACCAGCGGUACAAUGUCCACAACCGCAGGCCCAAGAUCCUGGACUGCCUACACCGGGUGUGUGCCCGCUGCCUCAACAAGAUCCUGGACACGGGGGACGUCUUGGGCUGCAUUUCCUGCCCCUUCUGCCGACACGAAACAGAGGUCAGCGAAUACGAGGUGUCGGGCCUCCCCGACGACUCCAACGUCAUAUCCUGCCUGGCUGUCAGGGAUAAGUCCUGGAGCUCCGACCAAGAGGUGACCCUCACCCCCAAGAGCCUGUCCUCCACCUCCCCCUCGCUUCACUCCUCCAACUGCCUGGUGAUCACUAUCAUGGAGGUUCAGAGGGACACGGGGCCCGGGGGCCUGGGCAGCUCAGACCACUUCACAGAGCACAGCCUGGACUCUAUCUCUGUGGGCUCCAACGGGCAGGAGGUUCAGGAAGCCCUGUCCAAGUUGUGUUCGCACGUCCCCCGGAUCCUGGUGUGGCUCCUGGGGCUGUUCUACUUCGGGUCCCUGCCCCUGGGCAUCUACCUGCUGGUGAUCCAGAGGGUGACGCUGGGCAUAGUCUGUGUGAGCCUGGUACCGUCCAGUCUGACUGUGUGUCUGGUCUAUGGGUUCUGCCAGUGUCUCUGCCAGGGCAUGUGUGACUGCUCGUCUAGGGGCUGACUGACUGACUCAACAAGGUACUGACUGAUGCUGGGGUUGGAGGGAGGGAAAAUACUGGACUGUUGGAGUCAACAUGGCGUUCUUUACUGUCCCAAUCUAACGACCAGCCGGGUUGGAGGGAGGGAAAAUACUGGACUGUUGGAGUCAACAUGGUGAAUCAACAUGGUGUCCUUUACUGCCCCAAUCAGAACAAGGGGAUUGACAAUCGCUGAAUUGAAAGCUGUUUGCUGAAAUAUCCAUACAGUCUGUGGAUUGAAAACUGGGGCCAACGGGCCUUCCAGCCCUGUGUGAGAGACUGGAGACAAAUGGAGGGCUGGGUAACAAUGGAUUGUCGUUGUCAAAUUAUAAAGCAGGUUUGGUAAA